AUGUCGUCCAGUAUAACCGUUCUCCUACCGCCCCUCUUGCCUGUCACUGAUAAUGAUCAUAGUGCUUGGGUGAUCACCGUGAGCACUAUUCUACUUAUUAUCACUAUCCUUGCGACAACAGUCACCUUGAUAUCUCGCAUCCGCGUCUUGCGCAGAGUUUCCUGGAGUGAUUCAACUCUAUUUCUCAGCUGUAUCCUAUUUAUUCCUCAGACUGUGUUUGUGAAUAUAGCCAGCACCUAUGGCAUUGGUAAACACCGAUAUGCAUUGAGCAAUGCCUCAUUUGAAAAGUAUAGCAAGGCACUCUUCACUAGUCAACUCCUCGCCGUUCUUGUCUUAGGAUGUUCCAAGGCUGCCGUUGCACUUCUAGUCCUAUCUUUGCAACCCUUUGAGAAAAUAACGCUUGCAUGUAAGGUUGUUCUGGGCUUGAUCGGUGCCUGGGCCCUGGCUGCACUCAUAGCACUAGGGAAACAGUGCGACGAGCCCCAACCGUGGAACUCCAGCCCCGAGCGAUGCGUGAACCAAGAAGCUUUAUAUAUCGGUUUGGGAGGCAUACACAUGUUAUUAGAUGUGUUGAUCAUCGGGCUGCCAGUUGCUUUGCUACACCAAGUCCAGAUAAUACGGUGGAAGCGUCACCAAAUCUCUGCCCUGUUUGCGAUGCGGAUCCUUGUUCUAGCCUUGACCAUUGCUGGCCUACACUCACUUCCACCAAUAUAUGACUCUAAGCCCCUAGAUCAAACAUGGCAUACCCUCAUGCCAGCCAUCUGGCUACAACUAAUCCUCAGCUCAUCAAUUCUCUGCACAUGUAUCCCAACCCUCAAACGUGUCCUCGCCGAGCUCCAGACAGGCAUGAUGGCCGGUGUGGUUUCAGACUUUUUUGAGCAUUCCGUCUCGGGUCAUACCAACUCGGGAGAUCGAUCAGCGUCCAAAUUCGAUAAUGCCGUUGGGCAGAGAUCGGGAUCGGGAUCGGGAUCGGCGUCUCGCUCCCCAAUUCUAAGAGACUCGCUAGAUGUCGAGCGCGUGGACAGCCAAAAGAGCCUGCGCGAAAAUGCCAUUGUGCAAACGAUCGACUACGAGGCCUUUUACGAAGGGCCUGGUUCUUCUAGGGCCUCAUCUUCCCAUGGCUGUGAGAGCGAUGCUCGGAGCACAUAUCCACAUGUUGAAACCUCAAAGCGACUGGUGCUCAAAGGUUGA